UUAGAAGGCACUCUUCAGUAAAAAAUAAUUAUAAAAAAAUACAAUCCAACAACUAUUCAAAUUUGUGCGACCAGCAGAUUUAUCAGGCGAACUCACACGAAUUCUUUGAGUCCGUGGAGUAGGUUGCGGAAGUUUAAUCACCUUAUUAAAACUUUGUACAUUAACAUUGUUUCUAUCCACCGAGAAUCCAGCCAAAGACCCAUCAUCAUCAUCUUCAUCAUGAAGAUUAAAACCUUUGAACAUAGCUUCUACUGCCCCAGCAGAAGAAGAAAUAACUCCAUUUGUCUCAAGCUUGUCAAUCUUCUCCGAAGUGUCUGUCAUCGGUUCAAGAUCAAACAGAACUUUCUUCUUAACCAAGCUCCCAGUGGACCCACUGGCAGUUUUCAGAACACUCUUGCUGUUCUUAGGCGAGCUGGG